AUGGGAAACACGGACUCGAAGGACACCCCGCAGCAACCAGGAGCUGCAGCCUCAAAGCCGCAGGCAUGGAACGCUGCGGAUAAGAACAUUCGGCUAGAGCUUGACAUCCAGAAGGAGAAGAUGGGCAAACUAAUUGGGACAGGGGGCAAGACUAUUCAGCUUAUCCAACAAAAGGUCAGUACCAUUCAGAUGAAGACGCCAUCGAAAGAGGAUACAGGGAAUGACGAAUUCAAGUUCGUCCCUGUUCAAUUGCAGGGGAGGGCACAAGACGUCUUCAAGGCUGCCCAGAUGGUGGAUGAGGUUGCAACGGCAUGUCUUGCAGUGCUUUCUGCGACUGUUUCACCACAACAAGUCAGCCUCCUGCAGCGAGAGAGCAUCCUGAAUAUGCAGAAAGAAAUCCCUAUUGACACUCUUCGAUUACCGAAGAAGACUGACAAGCCUCCGAGAGUAGUCAUCGAGGGAUAUUUGGAAGACGUGAAGGAUGCAUAUCAUUUCAUUAUCAAAGAAGUAGAAAUCGCUGCCAAGGAAGUACAAGAAGAGAGGGAGAACAUGAAGCUGAUGCAAAUCAGAAAUCAUCGUAUGGGAUCUGAAGAUUCAAAUGAAAGCGGGCAAGAUGGGAAGAAGAAGGCGGGAAGGGACAACAGUAAGAUGCAACCAAAGCGAGCUGCUUACCGACAAGAGGAUGACCAAAAGGCAUCUUUGAGAGACAGAGACAACCAGCCCAACAAUGAUGAUGAUUCCAGUGCCCCCGAGCAGAGCAUCCAAGAUGCAGCGUUGUCAUCACUGGAUCAUGAGCAAUGA